GCUCAGAGGAUGCAGGCGAUCUGGGACUCAGCACGAGGACGCGCCCUGACUCACGCGUGCACCUGCAGGUAUCUUUCCGGGCUUCUGCUGGCUUCUCAUCCUGAUUGUCUUCAUGUCCUUCCCGCCACAGUGCGCUCUGAAUUGAUGCUGCUGUCGUCACACAUGUGCAGCUCAGAAUGAGAAGCUGUGAUACGCACUGGACUACUGCACACGGCUCCAGGUGUGCAUGCUGCUUUUAGGGGGCGACAGUGAUCAUUCUUUAAAAUGAAUCUUUGUUUUUUUUUUUUCAUUUCACAGCUGCUCUUUGUCACGUUGUUGAUGACGUAUAAUGCGGGGAGGUUGUUUUGCUGAACUGAAUGAUGAUUUUUGCUCUGGAACAAGAAGAGUGAAGAAUCCAGACUGAUGGUCAUGUCAGACGGGGGGUGGUGCACGUAAAAAUCAGGUCAAGUAAAUAAUUGCAAUCAGGAACGAGGCAUCGGGAACAAUAAUGACGAUUUAUUUGCUUGAGUAGCUGCUGGCGGAUGCAGAAGAUGGAUUUUCUAGGAACAAAAGAGCUGACAGUGUGCUGAAGGUUGUCAGCAGUAGAGAAUUUUUUUUUUUUUGUACCUGAAUUCCAAAAUGAAAAUUACAGCCAGUGCAUGACAAUAAAAUCUGAAAGGAAGAACUAAGGAUUCUGGGGAUGGGUGAAGGUAGCAGCUGCUCUCCUGCUGAAUUUUCUAAGGAGAAACUUAAUCUCCCUGCGUGCUGUUUUUUUGUCUCUGCGGUGCUGUCAGAUUCGUUUGCAAACCGUCGGUUGUUCAUGUGGCUGUGCCUGGUUUCAUUCAUCCACCGUGUUUCUACUGAAGUCUGACCACAUGAGUGAAGGCAGCACCCUGCAGCAACGCACCACCUACCUCAUCUCCCUCACCCUGGUCAAGGUAGAGGCUGUGGAGGAGAAUGGAGGAGAGGCAAAGAGCAGCAACCAGGGGGCGGGAAGCGGUCCAGGGACAGAGCCAGGAGGACGACCAGGAGAAGGAGUCAGGGCGAGAGUGGAGGCUGAAGGUGAAGGUCAGGCUCCUGCACGGGCUGAGAAUGGAGGUGGUGUGCUUCCAAGACAUCCACAAAGUACUGAAGAUGCUGCAGCUGCCGUGAAGGCUAUCAGGUUUACAGAACUCAAAGAUGGAGAAAGAAAAUCUCUAAGCCCUUUGAAAGACAAAACUGUCAUCUUUCCAAGUAAAGGAAGCGACAAACCACCUUGCAACCUCACAAUUCCCCUAUCCUCUGAGAGAGCCCUGAUUCAGAAGACAGAGUCUGCAGAUGCCCCUUUAACAAGAGCAGAGAAGACACUUUCCACCCCAGACGCAAAGCAAUGCAGACCGCCGUCACUGACCACGCCGCCCACAGAGGUGGUGAUGGACUCCAUCCGAACCCCGACCAGGACCAGCCUCCCUAUUCGUCCAGUGGGACAGCGACCUGUGAGUCUGCUGAAGUCUCACAGCAGCGCUGCUUCCCGCGGCCGAGACUCCAGGGAAGGCAGAGAGCGCAGUCCUACUUCAGCCCAGAGUCUCGACCGUAAAGACUGCCGUGUGUCUACACGCUCUCCAGGCCCCUGUAGGGCCUCGUGGGCCGAGGCUAGCAGGCCCGACGCGUGGCGCGACCUGCAAGAUGAGACCAGAACAAUGCUUGAGAUUGGAGGUGGAGUAGCUGCCAUGAUGAUAGACCUUCCCAGGAAGGAACGGCUAAAGACGGGUUCCACGUCGCUGCCUGCUCAUGCUAACCAGGUUUCCAAACCUCCACGAAAGGGUAAAAGUCGCACGCUGGAUAACAGCGAUCUGAACAGCCUGUCUGAAGAAAUCGGCCUUGCCAGGGAAGCACAGCAGGGAAACCGAGGCUCUGCUAAGGACAGGAAGAUGCUCAAGUUCAUCAGUGGCAUUUUCACAAAGAGCAGCUUGGGGACAGUGGGGUCGUCCUCCACAGCGCCCCCCGUGUAUAUACAGAGAGACUCGAGUGAGGAGGAAGUACACAUUUCCAACAGCCAGGAGUGGACUUUGAGCAGAUCCAUCCCAGAGCUCAGACUGGGCAUUCUGGGAAGUCUUAAAAGUGGAAGGUCAGCGCUGGUGAACAAAUACAUCACAGGCAGUUAUCUUGCACUUGAGAAGCCUGACGGUGGUAGGUACAAAAAGGAAGUACUGGUGGACGGACAGAAUCAUUUACUACUGAUCCGGGAGGAAGCAGGAGCACCUGAUGCACAGUUCAGCAGUUGGGUCGAUGCAGUGAUCCUGGUCUUCAGUCUGGAGAAUGAAGCCAGCUUCCAGGAGAUCUAUCAGCUGUAUAGUCAGCUCAGCACGCACCGCACAGACAUCCCAGUCAUCGUGGUCGGCACUCAAGAUAAAAUCAGUAGCACCAACCCUCGUGUGAUUGAGGACCAACGAGCCAGGCAGCUGUGUAUUGAUGUGCGUCACUCUCUGUUCUAUGAAACCUGUGCCACUUAUGGAUUCAACGUUGAUCGAGUGUUUUCAGAGGCUGCCCAGAAGAUUGUAGCCCAGAAGAAGCAGGCAGCACUGCUUGCCUCCUGCAAGUCACUUCCCAACUCCCCAAGUCACUCUGGAGGUUCCACACCUGGAUCAGCAUCAUUCCCUGGACAGGCCAGUAAUGGCCUCAGUAGUGGCUACGCCUACUCGCUUCCGUCCACCCCUGUGGUCGGUCACAGGGAGCUGCGUGUUGCCCCAGUGGGAGAGGGGGGAAGUAGUAUCAACUCCCGCUCCCUGAAGAACAUCCCCCACAGAAGACCUUCUCUCUUCAAGAACCGGGACUCGGAUAAGAAAGCUGCUGAUGCUAAGAGUGACCUGAGCAGCAUACGGGGAACUCCUAUUAAACAGAGCAUCCUCUGGAAGAGAAGUGGGAGCUCUCUGAAUAAAGAGUGGAAGAAGAAAUAUGUCACCCUGUCCAACAAUGGCACGUUGUCUUACCACUCCAGCUCCAGUGACUACAUCCAGAAUAUCCACGGGAAGGAUAUCGAUCUGCUGCGUGUGACUGUCAAAGUUCCUGGAAAACGUCCUCCCAGAGCAGUUGUCCCCUCGUGCCCCUCGCCUGUUCCCGUUGGUUCACUUCCUGGAGUUAAUGGGCUGAGUAAGGAGCUGACUGCUGCUGAUAGCACCAAUACAGUUCCUCAGUUGUGUCCAGCCACGCUGUCUGUCGCUGAUGACAGGUCUGGUAGUUUGUCCCCUCAAGGAGGAGACAGGGGACUUCAGCACUGUCCCUCAUCACUGUCCACUAAAGUACAAAGUGUUGAUGCCCUUGAAGGAACAGCUAGUCCUUUUGCUGCAAAAGAUCCCGGCCAAUCGUCUCCCAUGAGUGACAGGAAGAAGAACAGGAGGAAGAAAAGCAUGAAUCAAAAAGGAGACGCUGCUGUUGGGCAAGCUGAAGCCAAACGCAAAAUGUGGAAAUUAAAGAGCUUUGGUAGCUUGAGAAACAUUAAUAAGACAGAAGAGGAGAAUGCAGAUUUUAUCAUUGUGUCGUUCACCGGGCAGACAUGGCACUUUGAGGCUCAGACUCUGGAGGAGAGGGACUCCUGGGUGUCGGCUAUAGAGAGCCAGAUCCUGGCGAGUCUGCAGUCAUGUGAAAGCGGCAGAAACAAGGCCAGGAGGAGCAGUCAGAGCGAGGCCGUGGCCCUGCAGGCCAUCCGUAACGCCAAGGGCAACAGUCUGUGUGUGGACUGCGAAGCACCAAAUCCUACUUGGGCCAGUCUCAACCUGGGUGCACUGAUCUGCAUUGAGUGCUCAGGGAUCCACCGCAAUCUGGGAACCCAUCUGUCUCGUGUACGCUCACUGGACCUGGACGACUGGCCUGGAGAGCUCACACAAGUCCUGGCUGCCAUCGGAAACCACCGGGCAAACAGCAUCUGGGAGAGCUGCACCCAGGGCAGGACCAAACCCACACCUACUGCAACACGAGAGGAACGAGAAUCGUGGAUUCGAGCAAAGUAUGAACAACGAGCAUUUGUGGCAGCUCUUCACCCGGCCAGCGGCAAUCAGCAGCUAGAAGACAACAUGCCAAAGUGGCUGCUGUCUGCAGUGACUGAGAGAGAUCUGCCCAGACUGCUGCUACUGCUGGCCCACAGCACCAAGGAUCGGAUCAACGCUCAUCCAGACACAUCACCCGUUCUGCCUCGUACGGCCCUGCACGCUGCUUGUCAACUUGGAGAUGUAGUCAUGACCCAGCUGCUCGUCUGGUACGGGAUCGAUGUCAAAGUGAAAGAUAACCAAGGCCAGACCGCUCUGAUGUUGGCUAGAAAAACCGGGAGCAAGGGCUGCAUGGAUAUUCUGCUCCAGCACGGCUGUUCCAAUGAGACAUCACCCACCGCCGCCACACCUGUCCUCUCUCGCCGGUCCAGCACUGCCAGCCUGGGACGGACCAGUUCCAGGAAACGAGUAUCAUAGCUACCAUACACGGGCUGGUGGCAACCUGAGGACAUUUGUAGUUCAGAAAUCCGUGUAGGACAGAGGUGGCACACGGCUCUGAGCAGGACUGUAGAAAAUGAUACUAAAUCUAAAGACUGAAUAACAUAUCAAGCAAUUUAAAAGCAAUAUUCACUCAGUUUGUCAGAGACAGGUAUAUUGCUGAAAUAGUAUGUUGCUGUUCACCUCAUUUCAAAAAUGACUCAAGUUAGAACGCUGUAGCUUUCAUCUGUCAUUUUUGAGCAGACAGCCUAUCUGCUCUCAUUUCACUUCCUGCAAAAAGAAGUGCAAUAAUCCAGCUGUGAUGAUGAAAAAGCAACAAUUUGUGAAAGUGGAGAGAGCAAUCAGCACUGGGUGGCUGUGAGCCCACUGUGGUGAGAGAACCCAGGCAUCCAAAAGGUCAUUCAGAUUUGCGACCAAAA